GUGUGGUUGAAUUGUGCUUACGAGAGCUUCCCAUCCAGUAUUAACCCUGGACGGAUGAUUACAUUUAAGGGACAAUUAAGAUUAAAUUGCUUGUAUAUAUAUGUAUAUGUAUAUAAAUGCGUAUAAUAUCUAUUUGUAAUUAUAGUAGCAACGUAUAAAUGUGUAUAUUUGCACCAAUGAGCGCGUUUUCUGCUCCUCCGACAAGAUAAGUCGUUUUUGGUUUUAUUUUUUAUUUUUGUAUUUAUCCAUCAAAAGCCCAAGCUUUACACUUUUCAUGUGCUUCGCGAUUUAUCUAAUAAUUCAUAUUUGGACAAGCAGACGACGAACAUAACGGAGCAAGGAGAGAGGGAGGAAGGAGCUAUCAAGCUAAGGGAGGAAGGAAACGAGGGAUCACGUUAACACAAACAGAAGGACGAAGACCGAUACCAAGCGUAACAUCUGAAUGGAUCUUUGACAGCUGUUUGGUGCUAAUGAUAACAACGGUUCAUUUUGGGAAAAUUCCUCCAAUUUUACAUGCUUAGUCUAUAUCCUUGCAUAUCUAGGUGUUGUUGGAGUGUAACAAGCAUUUCAAGAGGAAAACAAUAGCCUACAACGACGCCAGAUAGGCUACCGCAUCUUCUGAAGAGGCCCAUAAAAUAUUAUUUGUUGAACUGCUAUUUAUUUUUGUUUUAUGAAAAAGACGAUACCCAGGCUUUGAGGGCAAGGAGGCGAGAGUUAAAGCUGUUACUUGGAAACAAAAUAUCGGCAUUUUCAAGAAGACUGAAAGGAAAGAAGUCAUUUCUGCUUGAAGAUUAAUAACUGUUGCUACCGUUCUUAAUCAGAACAGAGUCAUCGGGAAAUACAAGAAACAGUCAGGUUGCUGAUUGGCUGAACUGUGGUGGGCCUGAGAGGCUAACAACCAAUCAACAAUGAGUGAGCUGGAGCAGCUGCGCCAGGAGGCGGAGCAACUGAGGAACCAGAUAAGAGAUGCUAGGAAAGCUUGUGGGGACUCCACCCUGACGCAGAUCACCGCUGGUCUGGACCCUGUAGGGCGUAUCCAGAUGCGGACGAGGCGCACUCUUCGUGGACAUCUGGCCAAGAUCUAUGCCAUGCACUGGGGCACGGACUCCAGGCUGCUCGUCAGUGCCUCCCAGGAUGGCAAACUGAUCAUCUGGGACAGCUACACCACUAACAAGAUGCAUGCCAUUCCUCUGCGCUCCUCCUGGGUGAUGACGUGCGCGUACGCCCCCUCUGGGAAUUACGUGGCCUGCGGGGGUCUGGACAACAUCUGCUCCAUCUACAGCCUGAAGACGCGCGAGGGCAAUGUGAGGGUCAGCAGAGAGCUGCCAGGACACACAGGUUACCUGUCCUGCUGCCGUUUCGUUGAUGACAAUCAGAUCAUCACAAGUUCAGGAGAUACAACCUGUGCACUGUGGGACAUCGAGACGGGCCAGCAGACCACAGUGUUCUCUGGUCACAGCGGUGACGUCAUGAGCCUGUCGCUCUCCCCCGAUUUCCGUACCUUUGUGUCUGGGGCCUGCGAUGCCUCCGUCAAGCUCUGGGAUAUCAGGGACAGCAUGUGCAGACAGACCUUCACUGGCCACGAAUCGGACAUCAAUGCCGUCUGUUUCUUCCCUAACGGCAGUGCUUUUGCCACUGGCUCGGACGAUGCCACGUGCAGGCUCUUUGACCUGCGGGCGGACCAGGAGCUCAGCCUGUAUUCGCACGACAACAUCAUCUGCGGUAUCACCUCCGUGGCCUUCUCCCGCUCGGGGCGGCUGCUCCUGGCCGGAUACGACGACUUCAACUGCAACAUCUGGGACGCCAUGAAGGGGGACCGUGCCGGAGUGCUGGCUGGCCAUGACAACCGUGUGAGCUGCCUGGGAGUGACUGACGAUGGGAUGGCGGUUGCCACGGGCUCCUGGGACAGCUUCUUAAAGAUCUGGAACUGAGCUGGGGGGGGGGUGGGG